AUGAUGGCUUGGGAAGAUAUUUUCAGAUCGAAAAACCUCCGAUCUGAAACCAAUAAAACAACACUUCUCAUAACCACGCGUGAUCCAAGAGUGGCGUGGGGUACCAACACCAUUCCAUUUUAUUUGAAGAGAAUGACAGAUCAGGAUUGUAAAGAAUUGAUUAGUUAUAGAGUUUAUCCUGCACUUAUGUCUGAGGUAGAGCGAAACUUCUUUACUCGCAAUGCAAGCCGAAUUGCUCAAAAAUGCAUGGGCAUGCCACUAGUGGCCUGUGUCACUGCACAUACAUUAUGUGCUCAGAUAAGCAGACAUGGAAGUGCCAUUGGAGCCAUCUCGUAUUUUAUGGGAUCAGAUUUGUGGGGAUUAGUCGGACAAGAGAUACUUCAAGUGUUGAGUUUUAGAAAUCCGGGAUUAAGGUCUUCAAAUAAGUUGCUCACAUAUUUCUCUUUGUUUCCGCGCGAACACGUACUUAACAAGGAUGAUCUGCUCCAACUCUGGAUGGCAGAAGGUUUCAUUCAGCUAGAAAAGUGGACAAACUGGGAACAAACUGCCAACCAACAUUUUGAUGAAAUGCUACCAGCAUCUAUGAUUGAACCAAGUUCAAUCAACAAUGAAGAAAAUCACCAAGAUCCAUCCUCUUUCCAAGUUCUUGAAAUCACUCGUACCAUUGCUCAAUCUAUUGCCUCUAAUAUGUGUUAUAGCUUUGAUAGAGUGACGACUCUGACCUUCCAAAAGACACUCGUCAUAUCUCAGUAUGCUGCCAAAACUUUGAAGAUAAUAUAUCUCAGAAUAUUGCUAAAAGAACUCAGUACCUGA